AUGGGUACAGGUGCUAGUGCUGAGGCAAAACACUCCCGUGAACUAGAGAAGAAGCUGAAGGAAGAUGCUGAGAAGGAUGCCAGGACGGUCAAGCUACUGCUUCUUGGGGCUGGAGAGUCAGGCAAAAGCACCAUUGUCAAGCAAAUGAAAAUUAUCCAUCAGGAUGGUUACUCCUUAGAGGAGUGCUUGGACUUCAUCUCCAUAAUCUACAGCAACACUUUGCAGUCCAUGCUGACCAUUGUGAGGGCCAUGGACACUCUCCACAUCCAAUAUGGAGACCCAGCUAGAAAGGAUGAUUCCCACAAACUGCUGCACUUCGCAGACACCUAUGAAGAGGGCACCAUGCCUCCGGAGAUGUCUGACAUCAUCUGCCGCCUCUGGAAGGACACGGGCAUCCAGGCUUGUUUUGAGAAAGCCUCAGAAUACCAGCUGAAUGACUCAGCUAGCUAUUAUCUGAGUGACCUACCACGGCUGGUGACACCUGGAUACAUCCCUACAGAGCAGGAUGUUCUACGCUCCAGGGUCAAGACUAUGGGCAUCGUGGAAACUCAGUUUUCCUUCAAGGAUCUCAAUUUCAGGAUGUUUGACGUGGGGGGCCAGCGCUCAGAACGUAAGAAGUGGAUUCACUGUUUCGAGGGAGUCACCUGCAUCAUCUUCAUCGCUGCCCUCAGCGCUUACGACAUGGUCCUCGUGGAGGAUGAUCAAGUGAAUCGCAUGCAUGAGAGUCUGCACCUGUUCAACAGCAUCUGUGAUCACCGGUACUUUGCUACCACGUCCAUUGUUCUUUUCCUCAAUAAGAAAGAUGUUUUCCAAGAAAAGAUCAAGAAGGCUCAUCUCAGCAUCUGCUUUCCUGAUUAUGAUGGGCCCAAUACGCAUGAGGAUGCAGGUGCCUACAUCAAGAGCCAGUUCCUGGAGCUGAACACGAGGUGGGAUGUCAAGGAAAUCUACUCACACAUGACCUGCGCAACAGACACACAGAAUGUCAAGUUUGUCUUUGAUGCAGUCACUGACAUCAUCAUCAAAGAGAACCUCAAGGAUUGCGGCCUCUUCUGA